AUGAAGAAUCUUUGAAAACGUAUUUAAGCAAGUUCAACCACAAAGUUCAUUCUUACUGCACAAGAAGAGCACAUUUUAUCGUUUUAACGGGACGAGGCGUGGACAUGGCCUAUCAUAACCAGUACAGACCACCUCAAUAUAACAGCACAACGCCGGAUCAGGGCUUUUUAUGGAAUAUAUUUCAGAGGGUAGAUAAAGACAGGAGCGGGGCAAUAUCAGACACAGAGCUUCAGCAGGCAUUAUCAAAUGGUACAUGGACACCUUUCAACCCUGUGACUGUCAGAUCAGUUAUAUCUAUGUUUGAUAGAGAGAACAAAGGUGGGGUCAACUUCAACGAAUUUGCCGGCGUUUGGAAGUACAUCACAGACUGGCAGAACAUCUUCCGCACCUACGACAGGGACAACUCAGGGUUUAUCGACAAGACCGAGCUCAAACAGGCCCUCACCAGCUUUGGUUAUCGUCUUUCAGAUCAGUUCUACAACACACUGAUAGAGAAAUUUGACUGUCAGAAGAGAGGUCAGGUGGCUUUUGAUGACUUCAUUCAGUGCUGUAUUGUACUACAGAGGUUAACUGACGUGUUCCGGCGAUAUGACACAGACCAGGAUGGCUGGAUCCAGGUGUCCUAUGAGCAGUAUCUUUCAAUGGUUUUCAACGUGGUAUAGCACAACUCAAGCAUGCCUGCACACUCAUGUGCCAAACACCAAAAGUCCCUCCCCCUUUAAGUCUUGCAGCAGAGACUACACAGCACUACAAUCUACAGGAGGGUGCGGGGAGGGAAUCUGUUUGUCUGACAUAUCAUAGUCAUGUCAUAUUUUUCUAUAUGAUGUUAACCAUAUUAUUAUUGUAAGAAUCUAUUGAAUAUCACUCUCUCUUUAAGGAAUGUCUGCAUUGUGAAAAACACAUCAAGACUCAGCUGCAUGUUUUCAGAUAAACCUCCUUAUUGUCAAAGCAUUAACUAAUGUUUCUUUUUGUUUGGCUGAAUUCAUGUUUACAAAGAAAUACUGUGAGAACAGGUUAUGUUUAGCCAUUAUAAGAUCCUUUUUUGGAUUGACUGUCAGCUCUUCCAUAUAUUUGUAAAGAAUUAUAUUUUUAAUCUGCACAGUAACGUGACAAAUUCAACCUUUAAUUUUAGGAAGGAGGUACAAAUGGUACAAAUGCUUUUGUAUGCCUUUUUCAUGCAUGAUGCCUUACAACUGUUAAAAUAACUAAUUGAUAGUUGUUUUAUUAAAAACUGGAAAAUGUAUAAAAUCUUUGCAUUUUUUUAGAAUCAUUCAUUUGUUUUUGCUUCUCUUAAAGAAUGGCAUAGAUAUGUACGACUGAUGGACCUGAUUUACAGCAGAGAUGAACAUUAAGGACAGGGU